CUCGCCUGAGUUUUCUUUCACUCACACUUCCCCAAAAUGGAAGGUCCUGCCAUUUUUGGCUCUUCUGCGGGGGCGAAGUUCCUGAGAGCUCUCGUCACGUGGUUUGGUUUGUCGUUCCUUGUCGUCGCCUCUGCAUCACGAUUUUACAUUUUGCAGUUCCCCUCGCAGCCAUCUAUCUCCCAGGUGAACAGCGAUGAAGUCUCUCUGGACAUCCGCAGUUUCCAGCCCCGGGUGACGGAGGUCGAACACAAAAGCCGAGCAAUCUGUGCCAAAAAUGUGACGCAGAGGAAGGAAAUUCAGCAGGACACAGGUGAGAAGGGCUCCAAAGUUUUUCCAGAGUCUGUUCUUCGUCGGCUCCAAGACGUGGAGUCCCAAGGUUCUUUUCAGUUCCUCGAUACCCAGGUGCUGAGUUUUCGGCGUGACAUGCUGUUCGGUAAAGUCUUUGAGGGCCUGGACAGCGACGCGGAAAUACACUAUGUAGAUUUGUCACGGAAGGAUGAGCGGAUCUUCUUCCAGCUUGGUCGUUACGCCACCUAUGGGAUGGCGACGGGCUCAUCGAAUGACUCUGAUCCUGGCGCUGUCACCUUGCUCUUUGACAGACCAACUAGGUACACCGAUAUCUACUCAUUCACGUUUGUAGAUAUGGAGCUGUACGGUGGACAGGGAAGAUUCCUUGUGUACGGAGAUGAGGGAAGUAACAGCCUAGUGACAGUUGCCCUAGACUCGCACAAACCUCCUUUUCCAUCGUGGAGACUGCCUGAAGAAUUUGCCAUGACUGGGUUCGACACGAUCGCCUCGGAUCCGACACACCCUUACUUGUACAUCUCCACAAGGGGUGCGCUCUUUAGACUGACCCUGCCCUUGUACCUGAACGAGUCAGUGACCCUAGAACGCCUCCCCUUUGCUGCAAACGUUUCCGCAGGUGUUCAGGUCAGCCAGAAGAGACUGAGCCGACAUGCCAUCUCUGCUGACCGCAAACUUCUCUACGCAUCCAGCUGUGCGGAUAAGGCUAUUUUUAGACUCCGGCUAGGAACGGGCGAGGCGGAGAAGAUCAAUGGCCUUGUUGAGUUGGACUGUCCUGAUGGCCUGGCUUUAACUGCGGAUGGAUGUAACUUGAUUUCUACCGAAAAAAACGCCGGACGGAUUCAGCUGAUCAAUUUUGCCAGCCCUGGCGGCGCGGUCAACUACAUCUACACUUUAGUGGGUAGCAGCAGCAGCUCUCAAGCCACGAGGUCUUCAAGCCUACCCUUCACGGGGAUAGCCAUGUCGCCUGAGGGCAGCUUGAUAUACGUAGGGUCCAAAAAGUCCAUUUACGAGUUCGCUGUCAAUAAAUCCACCCUCCCUUCUUGCAAUUCUCGCAUCACACCGUCUAUUGCCCCUCCCUCGGAAGGCUCGUCAGUACCCAACCACCCAAGUUCAAGGUCGAAGAAGACGUCAACGGUCACUAUAGUUGUGUCCGUUCUGGGCGCCUUCCUAGGCGUACUAGGCCUAGGUGGUAUCACUGUAAAAUUGGUAUUGAACUGUCAACGGAGUACUCUGGCAAUCGAGGACCGGCCAGCAACUGCAACCAGCUAGACGGAGAAUGUCCAGCACUAAGGGCAUCGCCACACCACUCUUGAAAUGUGCAAAAUGUGAGAAUGAACUGCCCGCUAUGUA